AUGACAGACCGCAAUCACGGCUCCGACACCAAGAAUGCCUCGCUCAGCAGCUCCACCUCGUCCAUAGGCCGUAACGCUCCGCCUGCUCUCAAGAUGGGCUCUGCUCCAAGUCCCCACUCGUCGCACCGCUCAAGCUUUGCUGAGCAUAUGCGAGGAGCCCCCACGUCACCGCGCGCAUCACGCCAGCCCUCCCUCACACAACAAGCCCUUCAAGAGCUUCUCAACAACCCCCCGACAAAAGGCGGCGAUUCCAAGUUUCAAGGACGUGACUGGAAGACCGUCCGUCUUCGCGAGAUUGUCGACCCGGAGCUGGUCAGGUUUGUCGAGUACAACACCAGUGUCGAGGAUGCUACGAAUAUACUAGUUAAGAACGGUGCCCCUAACGUCGUCCUCCUUCGUGAAGAUACCAACUCGCGACAUGCAGUCGGGACCUUUGAUUACAGCGAUCUGAAUGCCUAUCUUCUCCUAGUAGUCGGCCUUGCACAACCCGAAGAGAGAGACAUUGCAUCAUUCGACGAGCUUGCAAGGAAGGGUCGAGAGGGCAAGCCCAUUCCCCUCAAGGACGUCAAAGAGGUUGGUGGCAACAAGGAGCCGUUGAUCACCCUAGAUGAGAAUACAGACCUCUGCAAAGCGAUUGAAGUGUUUGGCAGUGGUAUACACAGAAUACUCGUCGUUGAAGAAGGCUCACAAAAUGUCGUUGGAAUUCUCACGCAGUUGAGACUAGUGCAGUUCUUCUGGGAGAAUCGGUCGAGCUUCCCGGCCGUCAACCAGCUGUACCCACAGCUGAUCAAGGACUUAGAUCUUGGCUCAAAGACGGUCAUGGCCAUCAAUGGAGAUAAACCUUUGGCGGCAGCUCUUGAGCUUAUGAACAAUGAAGGUGUCUCGUCUCUGCCAGUCCUCGAUGCACAGAAUAAUGUCAUUGGCAACAUAUCACAAGUCGAUGUCCGGCUCUUGACUAAAUCCACAUCACUUCCGUUACUUCGCUCAUCCUGCAUCCACUUCAUCUCCGUCAUCCUGUCUGAACGGGGAGUGAAUGACGGGAAAGACUCGUUUCCUGUGUUCCAUGUAAACCCAUACAGCACUCUUGCACAUACGGUGGCUAAGCUAGUAGCUACCCGCUCGCACCGCAUGUGGGUCGUUGAUGCACCAUCACCUGCCUCAUCAGGGCCUUCCACACCCGCAAUAACACCCGCAAUUGUUGUUCCACCUUCGCCCAUCACACCACUUCCUGGGUUGGCCGGUCCAACUCCGGUAACCUCUACGGCACCUACACACCUUGCUGCUACAGGAGCCGUUGCCCCGUCCAUUUCGGCAUCAGCAAUCUCAGCUAUGCCGGGAGCUAGCCUCUCAGGCAGACUCAGUGGAGUCAUCAGCCUUACGGACAUCCUCAAUCUUUUUGCAAGAGCCAGUGGACUAAACCCCCAUGAUCCAGAUGAAGCCAGACGGGCCAGACGCAGGUCAAGCUCCAGCAGCAUGAGGAGAAGCAUGGAUAGCUCGCGCAGUGAAAGUAUCUCCGCCAUCGCAGGCAGGCGCAGCAGUGUAAGCGAAAGGGAAAAGAACGGUCCAGCGCCUCAGGGUUUGGGUAUUUCCAGGGGUCGCGGCCCGUGACAGAUGGAACCAUGCGACCGGGGGACCUCAAUCCUUUCACAGAACAUCAUUUCCUUUGCACUUAGAAUCAAGCGUGACGAACGUUUUCCGCGUGUUGUCUAUCAGCAAGCUGACGUCCAUCAUUGGCGGGAGUCGUGGCUCAUGACUGUUAGCACGCUCCUUUUCUUUUUUCAUCUUUAAUGAGCAUUAUCUAUUUUACUUUGUCAAGCCAGUGUUCAUAUAAGCGAAAACCUUUUUUCCCGAGGCAUGUAGUCUUUUUUUUGCGAGUGAACCAUAGAAGAUUGGAGAAGAAGAAAAAAAAAACA